AUGUCCGGAUCCCCAGAUGGAAUUUAUGAACCAGGCCUGGUUGAUCCAGGAAUUCCAGUCUCCAACUCGACCAAAUCAUUCUGGCUCUCCCAACCUGCACCUAUUUCUCGCACCCAAUCUUCUUGGAUCGACAAUGCAGAUGUCGUGAUCAUUGGCUCUGGAAUGUCCGGCAUGAGCCUCGCGAGAACACUAUACCAAAAGACUACCAACCUGAAGGUAGUUCUGAUCGAUGCUCGCGAUAUCUGCUCAGGUGCCACCGGUCGCAAUGGCGGGCAUAUCAAGACAAUGAGCUAUAACUAUUGGCCCGACAGAAAAGCAAGAUAUGGCGUCAGAGAGGCAAUUCGCCUAACCAACUUCGAACAUAGUCACCUGAAACAUAUGACCACCGCAAUCCAGGAGAGUGAACUCGACUGCGAGCUAAGCCUGAUCGAAGGAAUCGAUGUGUACUAUGACGAGUUCAACUUUGCGGACGCCAUUGCCGCGAUCAGCGAUAUGCAAAGAUAUGCACCGGAGCUUGCUUCUCAAUACACCGUGUACACAGACAAAGCCAAAAUUCGCCAGCUAAACUGUUCCGAUCGGAGCAUUGGUGCAAUAGGUACCCCUGCAGCGUCAAUGUGGCCGUACAAGAUGGUGAUGGGGCUUUUGAGCAAGCUUAUCACGGAAAACGGGCUUUGUGUGCAGUCCAAUACAAAGGUUGUCUCCAUUACCGACAGAAAAGAGGAUGAGUUUGCUGUCGUACAUACCGAUCGAGGAGAUAUCAGGGCGAGACAUGUUGUCCACGCAACAAAUGGCUGGCUAGGUCAUCUCCUCCCCGAGCUGCGACCGUACAUUUCCCCUGUGAGAGGCAAUGUGAUUCAUCAAACAGUGCAUUCACCUCGCAAAAACCUGGAGAACUCAUUCUGGUAUCGGUACUCAAACAAAGACUGGGAUUAUCUGAUCCAAAGACCCUCGGGGGGGAUUGUGUUAGGCCGAGCUAGCACAGGUCGACGGGCCACAGGGGAUGAUAGCGGGACGGACGUCUGUCCUCAAAUUCAUCUUCGGGGCGUGAUGGCCGAGAUGUAUAGCAACGGUCACUCGACGUCAGAAGUCAGCCAUGCAUGGAGUGGUAUCCUCGGAUACACACAGGAUGGUUCAGCCUUUGCUGGUAGACUUCCUUUCAGCAGCAGAGAGCACCAAUGGGUAUGUGGUGGAUAUCAAGGUAUUGGUAUGAUCAAAGCUUUCAGAAUGGCAGAGAUGGUGGCUCGUAUGAUUGUUGGAGAAGACGUUUCUCAGGAAUGUCCGACCUCGUUUCUUGUCACGGAGGAGCGGAUGAGGAAGCUGAAGCAAUCUCUCUCAGCAAAGGCAAGUCUGUGA